AUGGGACCUUUUACUUACGUAGCCCUUGGCGGCUCCUUGUGGUCUACUGUAUCAGUCAUAGUAUUCGUGUUGCUUUUCUACGCUCUUGGCCUGGGAGUAUACCGACUUACGUUUCAUCCCUUGUCCAAGUUUCCCGGUCCAAAACUGUCGGCCUUCACCGGCUGGUAUGAGUUAUACGUUGACACUUUCGGUGGACCUCGCGAGACAUUCGCCUACCAAAUCCAGCGCAUGCAUCAAGAUUACGGCCCAAUCGUUCGCAUCAACCCGCAUGAGCUUCAUGUCAAUGACCAUGAGUUCUUCGUCAAAAUUUAUGCUGGUGGAGGUGCUCGUCGAAACAAGUAUCCUCCCAGUGCUGGAGUUCAGGGCACUCCGGACGGUAUUUUUGGCACAGUUGACCACGAACUCCACCGCCGAAGGAGGGCAGCGAUCUCCGGGUUCUUUUCCAGGAUGUCUGUUUUAAAUCAUGAAGAUCUCAUUCACGAGAAAGUCGACCUCUUAUGCGAAGUGUUCAAGAAGGCUAUGUUCGAUGGCGAGCCGCUCAAUAUCCGCAUCCCUUUACUUGCUUUCGCCACUGACUUUUACUGUGCCCAUGCUCUUGGCGAGGAUGGCGAUAUGAAGCUGUUGCAAGACCAAGAGAAGGCCCAGGUGUGGCGACAUAGUAUCAUUGGUCUGUUGCAUGUGACGCCGUUUGUCCGGCAGUUCCCUUGGAUCAUACCUUACGCAUUAGAACUGCCUCUUUGGUUGAUAAAGCUGAUUUCUGCGGAUAUGGCUCUUGUGGUUCAAGUGUACUGGAACAUCAGGCAGCAGGCAAAAGUUGCUAUUAAUUCUUUCGGGUCUACGCAGGCGAAGUCUGCGGCCCCGAGCAAUCUCAUGCAAGCUAUUCUGUCAUCGAAUCUACCUGAUUCAGAGAAGUCAUACAAGCGAAUGGCCCAAGAAGGCUUCGGCGUCUUGACAGCGUCAGGCGACACUAUCGCUCGGACAUUGACCACGGCCAUAUACCAUCUUAUUGCCAACCCAGAGUAUCUUGGACGGCUGAGGGACGAGUUAGACUCGGUCAUGCCAGAUCCCAACGCAUCGACACACCUGAAAAGUCUUGAGAAUCUAACUUGGUUUCCUGCGGUUAUCAAAGAAUCUCUUCGAAUUUCUGCACUUAUUACCUCAAGAGCUGUACUGCAAGCACCAACAGAGCACUUGAAAUACAACGACUGGAUAAUUCCGCCGAAUACGCCGAUCGGAACAACCCUUGCCGACCUCAUGAUGGACCCUCAUGUAUUCCCAGAGCCAAAAGAUUUCGACCCUGGGAGAUGGCUAGAGUCUGAUCCUCUAUACGCCCGCAACGUCAAGUACUUUCUGCCCUUUCACCGUGGCCACAGAAAUUGCAUAGGGAUGAAUCUUGCAUGGGCUGAGAUGUACAUCGCUCUUGCCAAGCUCUUUCGACGUUUUGACUUAGAGCUGUACGGUGUCGUACGGGAAAGAGACAUUGAUCAUCACAGGGAUUGCUUUCUGGGCGAGCCCACGGAUGACACCAAGGGAGUCCGAGUGAAGAUACUCGGUCUACGGGAGUAA